UAUGGCUAUGUAGUUUCGUUUAUUUUGUUCAAACCUCCUAUAUUUCAUCGUUAAGAUUCGUUCCUUCGUUAUUGCAAAGUGGUCUUUCAAAUUUCAGGAUGUUCCAGGCACUCUAGCAGACGUCAAUGACAUACAGAAAUGGCAUCUACUGAUGUUGAUGAUUUAUUAUCAGGUCCAUUGGUGACAUGGUUCACCAGUUGUCUGGAGGAUUCUAAUUUAUUAACUAGUUAUGACGAUUUGGUAGAUGGUAUGUUGUUACAUAAUGUAUUUUUACAAAUAGAUCCAGAGCCAUUACACGAUGAAAUUAUAGCUCCAGAAGGGAGUUCAUUAAUUCGUGCAAAAAAUUUGAAAAUUAUUGUAGAUAAUAUGAAGCAAUUUUAUGAAGAAGAAUUAGGUCACUUAGUUUUAAGGAUACCGGAUACAACGAAUUUAGGAAAAGAGUCAGAACUGUAUGUCUCGGAAAUGAAACUGUUAUUGCUCUUACUUCUUGGUUGUGCUGUGCAGUGUCCUAACAAAGAAAAAUUCAUUACAAAAAUAAAGACAUUAAAUGUUGACACACAACUUGCAAUAGUGGAAUGUAUUAAGCAAGUCACAGAUUAUCAAGACAUAGUUAUAACUCAGGAUGCGAUGGAGAAUGUAAAUAUGGGUAAUUUAUUUGUGCAGAUAAAGAAAUUGACUCAAGAAUUAGAUGUAUAUCGUCAGAAAUGGAGAGAUACAGCUGUAAACGAAAGCAUUGAAAGAAACAAUGCCUCUAAUAGCGCAGAACCAGAAGAAAUGAGUAAAGUUCAGUUGUCUAAUCCUGUUAAUAAAUCAGAACGUGAAGAUAAUCACCAUUAUGCAGUUGAAUUGGCAGAUUGGAAAUCCAAAGUUAGAAAACAACGACAAGAAUUGGAAGAGAAAACGGAAGCAUUGUUAGAAUGUAAAGAAGAGCUUGAAUAUCAUAAAAUACUUGUGACUAAACUAAAACAAGAGAAUCAAGAUUUGAUGCAUGAAGCACGCACUGCAAAAUCGUAUAGAGACGAAUUGGAUGCAGUAAUUGAAAGAGCAGAUCGUGCUGAUCGUUUAGAGCAAGAAGUUGUAAGAUACAGAGAGAAACUUACGGACAUUGAAUUUUAUAAGACCCGUAUCGAAGAGCUAAGGGAAGAUAACAGAGUCUUGAUGGAGACUCGAGAAAUGCUCGAAGACCAGUUAAAUUCAUCUAGACGAAGAGCAGAUAAAGUGUUAGAACUUGAGUCGGAAAUAAUUAAAUAUAAACAAUUAUUGAACGAUAUGGCACUGGAACGAGCAGCAGACAAAGAAAAAUACCAAGAACUUGUUGACGAAAAUAUCCAAUUGCACAAAUUAACAAAGGCUGCAGCAAAUGAAGCUGCAUUAGCUGAUUCCAUAAGUGAUUCUGAUGAACCAGCGCACGCUGAUAAUAGAUUGUCUGAACAGUUGACAAAUAACGCUCAAACGCGAGCGUUAAAACUAGAGUUAGAAAAUCGACGAUUACUAACCUUAAUAGAUUCUUUGAAAGAGAAUUCAUUUCAUGAGAAUUCGUCUCGUGUGUUGGACUUAGAGAAGGAAAAGAAGAAGCAGUCUCUAAAAGUUGAAUCAUUGAACGAUAAUAUUGAAAGACUUACGCAACAGAACUCCGAUUUAGAAUUAGUGUGGAAGCAGGCUCUUGAAGAGAACAAGAAGUUACAGAAUUCGUUGAAAAGUCAAAGAACAUCGUCUGAAAAACAGCAGCAAGAAUAUCAAGCUCAACAUACAAAGAUGAUAGAAUUGGAGAAAAAUUCUGACACGGCAGUGAAAGAAAAGCAACGAGUUCAAUCUUUGUUGGAAAGCGUACAAAGGCGAGCAGAUGACCUGGAACGGUCUGCAGAGCUUGCCAAUCAGAAAUUGGAGGAAUUAAAGAUUAUGGAGAGUAACGUAAACGAACUUAGCACCAAGUGUCUUGACCUUGAGUCAAAACUUACGACAGUAGAGAAAGAGAAGGACGUAGCACAACGUGAUAUUCAUCGGUACAGGGAGACGAUAGAGGAGAAAGAUGUUGCACUGGAUAAAGCAGCGAAUUGCAUUGAAGUUUUAGAACGGAAAGUGACGCAACUUGAACAGGAACUUUUCGAUUCUGUCGCACAAAUUUCAAGAUUGCAGGAAAUUGAAAGAUCUAGUAAGGAAUUGGAUUCACGGGCAGCUAUUGACAGGGAGACAUUAGAAAUUCUGCAAUCUAGUUUAGUAGCUGAAAAAUUGAAUACCCAACAAUUAUACACAAUUUUGGAAAAACUUGGACUUAGUGAUAAUAUGCUGUUCUCGCUUCCGUUAGACAACAUCCUCCAAAAGAUUGCACAAAUUCCAGAAGUCGUUGAUUAUGCGAAGCAGAUAACUAAUUCUUGUUCCUGUGAAAAAUUAGUCUCUGAAUCUGCAACUAUUGAGAAUAAUGAAACAAUUGAUAUCCAUAGUACAUUAGAGGCAACUGUAGAAUCACUUAAGAAAGAGCAAGAGCAUUUGCAUAUUAAAUUAGUUAGUACGCAAACAGCAUUAGAGAAUCUUUUGUCUGAAAAUGCAAAGCUUCAAGUACAUAUUACAACGUUACAAUCUCAAAACAAUUCCCUGGCAGCACAACAUACCGCUUUGCAACUUGCAAAUUCACAACUUGCUGCUGAGAAAGAAGAGUUGUUGAAAGAGCGUACUGCUCAGCAGCAAACGCAUACUCAGCUUCUUCAUGAUCAGGACACUUUGCAGUCUUUACACGAACAAUUAAAUAACGAAUAUGAAAAUCUAUUCUACGAGCACGAUGCUUUAAAAUCAAAUUUACGGGACGUAAAGAAUGAAAUUAGAAUAUUACGCGAAUCUUACGAAGGACUCGAAGGGAAAAAUAAAGCACUUCAAUCGGAAAAGGAAUCAUUAAUAAAUAAUGCAAAAAGUUUGAAUAAUUUGAGGGGAGAACACUCAAAAUUAAAGGAUGACUUUAGAAAUCUAUACACAGCUACGGAAAAAUUAAAAAUGGAAUACAGAAACUUGCAAGAAGAUUACCGAAAAAACAAAGUUGAGACGAAUCGAGUGAGUCUUAAAUUAACCGAAAUGCAAGGAGAACUUAGCAGCAGAGACGAAAGGUGUUCCAAUUUGGAACUUCAAUUUAACAAACUCAAUAAGUGUUGUGAAAUGCUGCUGCACAUGAAUGCUGGAUUAGACAAAGACAAACGUUCAUUAAUGGAUCAUAUUAGUUUAUUAUUUUCUCAGUAUCAUGAACUUUUGACUCGAUCUCUCGAAGAUAAGGAACAGUAUCACAUGGAAGAGAAGAUGUACACAGAUAAAGUGAAUCACUUGUAUAGACAAAAGGAAAAGUUAGAGGAUAAGAUUAUGGAGCAUUACAGGAAACUGGAUAGUUGUACCCCCAAGAAGAAAGGCUUCGGGGCCAAUUUAGUAAGAAGAGUCAGAAAGGCUGGGUCAGAGCUGCUCAAUAAGAAUCGAAGAUCGUGGGCAGAGGAUUCCAAGCAUUCUGAAGGGAAAACAUAUGAAUCAGAAUCUGGAGGAAAUGAUUCAGAUGCUAGUACAGAAGAUCAUUUAGCAGGCUCAGCUAGUAGAAGCCUUGGGUCCGAUGUAUUGUCUCUUGGUCAUCCAGGAACAAGAAGGACUGUAUAUUAUACCGAUGAUUCUCCGCCGCCAUCGACUGCCUUACCCGAACAGGGUGAUGAUACACCUUCAAUAUUGACGGAUGAGCCUCCAAGACCAGAGGUACAAGCAGAACCUCGUCCAGUUCUUAUAUAUAAUAAGGUCUCAGCAGUUAUAAACGAAUCAAAAAAUAUGAACAGUAGCGAAAUGAAGGAGGUAGGGCAAGAGGAGGCGAUUAUGGAGACUCCUAUGGAUAAAGAUCCGAAGGCGGGAAGUCCUGUGUGGUACGAAUACGGUUGUGUAUAA